AUGAAACAGCUGCAAAUGUCAGGAAAACAUGACACAUUUUUAAAUGAAACUCAUCUUUGGUUAGGUUCACAAUGUCAUCGUAAGCAAAUAGCUUCGAAAGCCAAAGAUUUUGAAUAUUUUCUGUCUAAUAUGCUACCAAUUUUCAGGAGCUUUAAAAUUCCAAUCUCCAAGCAAAAAACUUUUCGACAACGAACGUCAAGGUGA